CAUCAUUUAUGCGGUUAUAUUCGCGCACACCUGUCCGCCGUUCGGAGCCGUCUAGAUGACGAAUAAGGAGAAAAAUGGGAAGAUGGCAAAGGAAAGGUCCAAUGACAGCUGCAGUGCUAUCGCGAGGAUCUUAAAAGACUUCUGCAGCUGCAAGGAGAACGCGGCCUGGUCCCCGGACAUGACGUCAGACAGAAAAGGGCCAUUUCUUAAAAGCGAGCUAACAAACAUGUCAGCCAUGCGUAGAAGAAUAAUGUCGAUUGCGAAGCGGAAAAAUCGAAACGUCUCGCCGGAACCAAAAGUGAGCUGCCACAACACUUUUGACAAUAAAUCGACCCUGACCUCAAAUCUCAUCAACACGGUGAGCUCACAAAACAGUACAAUAAAACGGAACAUCGACAAUUUCCUCAUUUCGCGACGAAUGGUCGCGCUCGACGAAGACAUAUACGAGAAACCGAUACAAGUUAAACAUUCUACCUGUGGAGACAACUGGUCACUCAGUAAAGCGUGGAAGAACAAUAAUUUAGAUUUCUUCAAUCGAUCGCCAACGCUGGAAACUAAUCGAUUAAUCGAAAGGAGCAGCACUUUGGAGAGGAUAGACGAAGUGCCGAAAAUAAAAAAGAAAGAUAGAAAACAGAAGGAACAACUAAGGUACGACAGAAAUAUUAAAAGGCAUAUUAGAAUACGUGUGAUGCUGUCCUUAAGGAUGAGGAGGUACGUGAAGAAAAGGUUAAGAAAGCAACCGCUGUUAGUGUCUACGACUCAAAACGUUAACGUUCCUCCAAGAAAAUUCCCUCGUGGUACAUCAGCGACUUCUAGUUUUGGUACGCGAUCGUACCGUAGUGUUUUGACUGAUAAAAAUAGUGACGGGACAGUGUUGUUCGAUAUACAUGAAGCGAGAAAUUCUACAUUAGAGCUGUGCCACGAUUAUGAAGACGACCUCGACACGCUGGACAUUGCAUUGCGCGCCGGUAAUUUUAGGAGCGGUCGACUGGCUGUCGAGGGGUGGUGGUGCGGACGCGCGAUGGCGGGCGGGCGCGCCAACAACGGAGCCCUAGCGCUGCACUACGCGGCCGCGAGGGGCUGCCUGGACUGCGUGCGGCUGCUGGCCAACACUACACCUGACGUGUCUGCUAACACGGCGAUGGACAAUGACGUCACGCCGGUAUACCUCGCCGCGCAAGAAGGUCACCUGGCUGUACUGAAAUACUUGGUACUAGAGGCUGGGGGAAGACUGGACGCGCGCGCUCGCGAUGGGAUGCUGCCAAUACAUGCAGCGGCACAGACUGGCUGCCUGGACUGUGUUAAAUGGAUGAUAGUGGAACGCGGUGUGGACCCUAACGCAAGAGACGGUGAUGGAGCUACGCCCCUCCACUUCGCCGCAUCAAGGGGACAUCUUUCCACAGUGCGGUGGCUUCUCCGCCAUGGUGCCAGACUCCAUCUGGACAGGCAUGGCAAGAGCCCCAUCAAUGAUGCUGCAGAGAAUCAUCAUUUGGAGUGCUUGAACGUGCUGGUAGCUGCAGGGGCUGCUGGUGCAGACAACAAGCAACUCUCCUCAUAUAAGGCGAUACACGCUUGUGCCUGUGCACCAGGGGAGGCUAGAUGUGCCUUACCAAACUGCAUCAAUGCAAACGGAAGUCGUACGCCAUUCUACUUACACCCACCAGAGAGAGAAAGACUCAGUUCCACGCACGAGCGUCGAGGCUCUCUGUCAUCUACUGUUGGCUCUAUAGGCUCAGCGCGUUCUGGACCGGCCGAUGGACUGUAUAUCAACCCUAUGCAAAGGACUUCGGCUAGCGUGACACAUCACAGCUCUUCGGGGGAAGAAAGUUCUGCAUGUUCGGCAUCAGAAACGGAGACAACCACCACUGGGGGGUGGUUCCUUCACAACGGCAACACCAAUGCACCAGCGGCCUUGUACCAGAGAGUGAGGGAAUUGUUCCACUCGCGCUCCCCCGGCCCGAGGGUGCCGGCUGAAGGCCAGGAAGCUCCUAUUAUGACUGUAAAGGCAGAAGUCCACGGCACCACAGAAAAAACUCAAGUUCAAGAGAACUCUGACAGUGACAGCGGCGCCGAGGCCACACGGCGUGAUCAUCACUACGAAGACAUUUACUUGCCGAGAGAAGAGCAUCAGAGAAGAAGGAGCAGUUCCCGCGACUCCGGCAGCCACAGCAGACCCGGCAGUGCCGCGUUGGUCGUCGACUACACCACCAAGGAACACACUGAAACAUCAAACAAAGCAUAUGAAGAGGUAACUCCACCACCCUCAGAAAUCCAAACGAAGUCCUCCAUAGCAACAAAACUCGCAGCCUUCACACACAAGGCUCAGAACUUUGCCAAUCGCAUAUCAUCAGCGGCUGGCAGUCGUCGCGCCUCCGUAACAGAAGAAGCAGUAGUGGUCCAAGCCUCCGCAUCAUCAGGCGUGUCCUCUAUCGGCUCCUCAGGAGGAAGCUCAAGCGACGAGGCCCCACCACCUCCACCCCCACCCCUGCCACCAGUAGUGCUGGAAGAACCAGCCCUGAAACCCUCUGAACUUAAAAGUAGGCUGGCGGGGAGACGCGGCUCGGCGGCCUCAGCAGACGACGAGCGGCCGCGGGCACCCAACCUCGUGAACAAGCAGCCCGCGCUCCCCUUCGUGCCACCGGCGUUCCCGCACAACGCGCCCGACCGCCUCAUCAAACCCUCGGAGUACUUGAAGACAAUCACGGCGCCGUGCAAGCGCGACGACGGCGCGGCGGAGGCCCGCCCGCCCCCGCCGCCGCCAGUCCCGGAGAACAUCCCGCCGCCGCCCCCGCAGCCGCCCCUGUCGCACCAGCCGCUAGCCGCCAUCAGCACCGCCGACCUGUCCUCCGUCCGGCUCAAGACGAUCGCUACCAAGACCUUGUCAGCACCGCCGCCCGCCCGAUCCGUCAGCUUGCAAUGCAUCCCGAGCGCUGCGGACUUCAGAACGGCGAAAACGGACCUGAUAGAGGAACUGAAGAUGUCCAAAGACAUAACUGGGAUAAGGAAGCUGAAGGUGGAGCGAGCGAGGCGGGAGAGUUUGCAGGACAAGGAGACUUUCACCGAGUUCACCAAACGCUUCACUGCGGAGAACUUUGUUGAUCAGGGCUUUUCGCAGAUCCCCGAGCGAGACACGGCGGGUAACAUCAUACCGGCGUGGAAGCGGCAGAUGCUGGCGCGGAGAGCUGCGGAGAAGGCGCGGAAAGAUCUGGAGAAGGAGCUAGCGGGAGAGGCGGAGAGACGGAGAGCUGCGUCUGUGCCUGCGUGGAAGAGGCAACUGCUUGCUAGGAGGGAAGAAGCGGAGAGCCGAUUACGACAAUCACUAUACACUCCAAAAGUUGAGGAAUCAAAUGAGAUUUGCAAGCCAAAUGGCGAAUGGCGCGCUUACCCAAGCGGCACGCAGCGCGCCGUGUCCAUAGACAACAUCACUCUGUGCUACGACGUGCAUUCAGAGCCCAUGCGCGCGCCUUCCGAAGCCAAACUGUCCACGGAACAUUGCAAUGGUCACUCAACAUCGAACGGACACCACGAACCGGUAAAGGAGGAAGAAAGCGCCAAAAUCAUCCCUUGGCGAGCACAGUUGCGCAAAACAAACAGCAAACUUAAUUUACUUGAGUAGUUAGUUAGUUAGUGAUAAGAUUGGUAAGGUUGCUGGUAAAAACGAACUACGGUAGUUUUUGUUUUUAUGGCAACAUAGUAAAAUAUAUCCAUUAUAUUUUAUAUGUUGUCCAAUUCUUUUACGUGUACUCGAUAGCUGAUAAUACUGUUUUGUUAUCUACCCACGUUUUUUAUUUUUAAAUUUCGAACGAUUAUUUUUUUCGAUAAAUGUUUAUUUACUUUUUUAAAGAUAAAUAACUAGUGUGGCUAUUCUACGAGUAUCUGUUAAUUUUUAUACCUUAGACGUAUUCUAAUGUGUGAAAAUUAAAUUGUGUAGUAACUAUUUACUUUUUUAUUUUUUGUAAUUUAAAAAAAUUUAGUGAUUAUUAAACAAAGAUUUUUGAGAUUUUUAUACUUUAAUAAAAAUAAUGUAAAGAAAAUAAUAUUAAGCGAAACAUAAUUAUUAUUAUUAUUACGAUGUAAAAAUGUAAAUCUUUUAACAUUCUUUAACGUUUGUUUAAUCGUAAACUUAAAUAAAUUCAGAUCGUCAAUUUAACUUCUAACAUUAAUAUUUUAUUUUAUUGUUUUAAAAAACUGAAAAAAUAUUUAAUAGUUUUUAGAUAAUAAUAAGUAACAUACUAAUAUGCAAGUGAUAUAAUUGUUGCAAUAUUAGUUUUAAGCUUAACAGAGGCUUCUGCUAUAAACGAUCAUACUUGUAGUUACGAUUAUGUAAGUUAUAAAUGAUUACGAUUGUUAAUAAAAACCUGUUGCUUAAAA